GGUGCAAGAAGCCCCAUGUUUUGCAAUAGCAGUGAGGACAAGGGACACUUUGACCCCGAGGACUUGAACCUGACUGACGAGGCACUGAGGCUCAAGUACUUGGGGCCGCAGCAGACAGAGCUGUUUGGGCCCAUCUCUGCCACGUACCUGCUGAUCUUCGUGGUGGGCAUGGUGGGCAAUGGGCUGACGUGUCUGGUCAUCCUGCGCCACAAACCCAUGCGUACACCCACCAACUUCUACCUCUUCAGUCUGGCUGUGUCGGACCUGCUGGUGCUGCUGGUGGGCCUGCCCCUGGAGCUCUAUGAGAUGUGGCACAAUUACCCCUUCCUGCUGGGCCUCGGUGGCUGCUACUUCCGCACGCUGCUCUUUGAGACGGUCUGCCUGGCCUCAGUGCUCAACGUCACCGCCCUGAGUGUGGAGCGCUAUGUGGCCGUGGUGCACCCGCUGAAGGCCAGGUCCCUGGUGACUCGGGCCCAUGUGCGCCGGGUGCUAGGGGCUGUCUGGGGCCUCUCCGUGCUCUGCUCUCUGCCCAAUACCAGCCUGCAUGGCCUCCAGCAGCUGUACGUACCCUGCCGGGGCCUGGUGCCAGACUCAGCGGUGUGCACGCUGGUUCGCCCCCGGCACCUGUACAACCUGGUGGUGCAGAUCACCACGCUGCUCUUCUUCUGCUUACCCAUGGCCACCAUCAGCGUGCUAUACCUGUUCAUCGGGCUGCGGCUGCGGCAAGAGAGGUUGCUGCUGCUCCAACAGGAAGCCAGUGACAGGAGCACUGUAGCGGGCAGGGCCAGUGACACCCACGGGACCCAGCUGCCAGAUAGGGGCAGGAGACAGGUGACUAAGAUGCUGUUUGUGCUGGUCGUGGUGUUUGGAAUCUGUUGGGCCCCAUUCCACAUUGACCGCCUCAUGUGGAGCUUUGUGUCUCGCUGGACAGAGGGCCUGCUCCUGGCAUUCCAGUACGUACACGUUGUCUCUGGUGUCUUCUUCUACCUCAGCUCGGCUGCCAACCCGGUGCUCUACAGCCUCAUGUCCAGCCGCUUCCGGGAGAACUUCCGGAAAGCCCUGGGCCUUGGGACCCAGCGCCCCCGUCACCGGUCCCGCCACAGCUCCUAUAGCCUCAGCAGGCUGACCAUAGGCAGCACCCUGUGUGACUUGGCCUCCCAGGGCAGCAGGGCCCAGACCCUGGCUGAGAAUGGAGAUACAGAGUGGCAGCAACAGACAGACCCUUCUGAGUGGAACCUGGAAGCAGCUUCACCACCAGGGCCAGAGGAUCUCAUGCCAGCUGGGGGGGUCAUACCUGCCUUCCUCUGUCCCAGAUUCAGCCUAGAAACUCUCGCCAGCACACCAGUGACUCUUUCCUCUGCCCACAGAUUUGAGAUUUGA